UAAAUUAUUACUAAUAUGCCUAAAUUCCCUAUGAUAUUUAAUUUUUCAUUUGCGACGUUUCAGUUUCACCCAGGGAAGAAUGUUGGGAUGGGCAAGGACCACACUCUCUUUUCGCUGAUUGAUGGAUUAGUAAAGUUCGAGAAGUUUGGACCAGACAGGAAAAAGGUUAGUGUUUAUCCACGUGUCGAGCAGCCUGAAAACCCAAAUAGCUACAGAGCACGGAAGAGAGAGUAUUUCAGGAUGCAACGUGAACGCCGUAAAGCAAGAAAGGAAGGCAUUGUACCCCAACCUCAAAUGGUAUUGGCUUCAGUGGAGGAAAUUUCCAACAGCAACCCUAUCUGCUGAUCAGUUCGUAUGUUCUGAGUUUGAAAGGUGACACUAACUGUACCCUUCAAUGAUCAAUUCAUUGACAUGUAAGCACUAUACAUCACAUGACCAGGUUUUGGUUCCAUUGUGAUGCAGGUAAAUCACAGAAAUGGACUAAUUUUUUGUAGAAAUAAGCCUUGUGCUGGGUUC